ACGCACUGCGCGCAUGUUAGCAUUUCCAUCUAUCAUUUAUUUAUGUCUACAAUGUUUCUGAUUCCGUCCCACCUCUCGCCUCCAAGAGCAAAGAAGAAGAAGAAGAAGACGACGACGACGGAGGGAAAGGAAUAAAAAAAGGGAUUAGCUGUUACUUUCUGUGUCUCUCGCAUUAAUUAUCAGAAAGUCUUGCCCGCGUUAGGGAAGUAUCUCUCUCGUUUCUCGCAAAAUUUCUUUGAUUUUUAUUUUUAAAUUUGAACUUUCUCGUCGUUUGUUGAGUUGAUCAUUUCUGUAUAAGGCGUUGGAUUUAUAGUCGUUUGCCGAGAAUUGGAGAGAUUCCUUUGUGCAAAACGAAUCUAAAGUUAAGAUUUCUGGAUAAGAACAGGAGUUUCUAGGGCUGUGCAGAGGAAAGUGAGAUUGGAUUGCAGUGGAUUGUUAGUUUAUUGAGGUAGAGGAACUUCAGUUUUGAACGAAGGUGUAGGUUCUUCAGGAAUUUGUUUUCAAGGAACAUUGCCACUUGGUUUGUAGAUUCAAUUCUUUAGUUGCUAGGGCUUCAUUUGGAGGAGACGGUUAGGCUGAAUUUGAGGAGAAACUAGGGUUGCGUAUUUGAUUGGGUGCGGAGUAUAGUAUAUGAUGGUAGAUUGAUAAUGGUGCGGCUUCUGGGAUUGGUUCGUGGAGAAUUGGAUGAUUCGCCUCGCGAGAUUACUCGCACAAAUCCGACUAGUGAGAGUGGGGACAGUGGUUGGCUUAUUCGUUUCUUCGAUUCGGCAUUCUUUUGUGAGUGGAUUGCAGUAAGUUACCUCUACAAGCAUGACCAUCCCGGUGUACGAGAUUACCUCUGUAACAGAAUGUACACUCUUCCGCUCUCCGGCAUUGAGAGCUACAUCUUCCAGAUUUGCUACAUGCUGGUACACAAACCAAGCCCGUCACUGGACAAGUUUGUUAUUGAUAUGUGCUCGAAGUCUUUAAAGAUUGCACUGAAGGUCCAUUGGUUCUUGAUGGCAGAACUUGAGGACUCAGAUGAUAAUGAGGGAAUCAGUAGGAUCCAGGAGAAAUGCCAGAUAGCAGCAACUUUGAUGGGUGACUGGCCCACAUUGGUCCGGCCUCCAAAUCCCCCUCCAAGCCCUGGGAGCAAGAACCAGGUUCUCAACAAGCUACUCUCGUCAAAGCAUCGCUUACUAUCGCUAACCUCAUCUCCCCCCACCCAGCGCUCUUUGUCCUUUUCACCCUCAUCAAUAAGCAAUUUUCUGCAGGAAGAGGGUGGUAAAUUCUCUCCUGAUGAGAGCAAGCUCUUCAAGAAGUUUAUUCCAGGGGCAAAAGUGCGGGAUGCGCUGCUUUUCAGGAAAUCUGUGGACAAGGAAGAUGAAGACUCAGAGAAGGAUAGUUUCUUCAGGAGGCUUCUUAGAGAGAGUAAAGAUGAGGAUGAGGAUGAUGGAUUUUUCAAACGGUUAUUUCGUGAUAGCAAAAGUGAUCCAGAGGAGAAAGCAGUUCCAAAGUUGGGAGAAGAUGAUGAAAAAGAAGGGUUCUUCCGUAAGCUUUUUAAGGAUAAAUUUGAUGAGAAAAAAGAAUUAAGUGAUAGAGAUGAUGAUGAAGAUAAAGGAAAUGUAAAUGCUGAGGAAGAAGAGCCUUCAGAUUUUUCAUUAUUUCGAAGAUUGUUCCGUGUGCAUCCAGAGGAGGUCAAGGCUGCAGUAGCAAAUGAAAAUUGUAAUACUGGUGGUUCAUUUGAAAGUAGUCCUGGAACAGAGAAAUUUUUUCGCAAGCUAUUUAGGGAUCGGGAUAGGUCUAUGGAAGAUUCAGAGUUGUUUGGUUCAAGGAAGCACAAGGAGAAGCGUCCAGGUUCACCAAGGCAGAGGAAUGAAAAAUCACAUACAAAACCCCCAUUACCUAAUAAUUCCACACCUCAGAUUCGAAAAGGGACAUAUCAUGUUUCAUUGGACUUUGUUCAAUCACUGUGUGAGACUUCAUAUGGGCUGGUGGAUAUUUUCCCAAUUGAUGAUCGCAAAAGUGCUCUUCGUGAGUCACUUGCAGAGAUCAAUUCACAUAUAGAGGCUGCUCAAUGUAGUGGAGGAGUUUGCUUUCCAAUGGGGAAAGGGAUGUAUCGAGUUGUCCAUAUACCUGAAGAUGAAGCUGUUCUCUUGAAUUCUAGGGAAAAGGCGCCUUACUUGAUAUGUGUUGAAGUUUUGAAAUGUGAAUUGCCAAGCCAUACAAAGGAAGCAUCCAAUUCUCAAAAGCUUUCUAGAGGAGGUAUUCCAUUAGCAAAUGGAGAUGUACAGUUGCCAAAGCCUCCUCCAUGGGCAUAUCCUUUAUGGACCACACCAGAUAUGUAUCGUAGUGGUACUGACAGGAUGUCAAGAUCUACUUCUCAAGCUAUUGACCAGGCCAUGGCACAUUUAUGGGAGGCCAAAAUUAAAUUUGUUAGUGUCACCUUUUCAGUGGAUAAGGAACCGCCUGAACAGCCAAGAAUUACAGACAUAAAUCACUCAGAGUCUAUAAUUCUGCACAGCAGUUCAAAUUCUGCUUCAAUGGCAUUGGCAGCAAUUGAUAGUGAAGGUUCACAGUAUUCUUCACAAGGGUUUGGAGCACAACAUGAUAAUGAUUUGCAAUGGGUAAGAGUGAUUUUGACAGUAGAUCCUGGUGUCAGCAUGGAAGACAUAGAAGAACAAGAGACACCACGUCGAAAGGAUCACCGCCGUGUUCCAAGCACUAUUGCCAUAGAGGAAGUAAAGGCUGCUGCGGCCAAGGGUGAGACACCUCCUGGACUUCCUUUAAAAGGGGCAGGCCAAAGAUCAUCAGAUUCUCAACCUAAGGUUAGAAAUGGUGGUGUACCCAAGGCAACUGAUGCCUUAGCUGGAGAACUUUGGGAGGUAAAGAAAGAGAGGAUAUGCAAGGCUUCAGUAUAUGGAAAAUCCCCUAACUGGGACUUGCGCUCCGUUAUUGUGAAGAGUGGUGAUGAUUGUAGGCAGGAGCAUCUUGCUGUGCAACUUGUUUCUCACUUUUAUGAUAUAUUUCAAGAAGCUGGCCUCCCACUCUGGUUGCGUCCAUAUGAAGUCCUGGUUACUUCUUCUUACACAGCUCUUAUCGAAACAAUUCCAGAUACGGCCUCACUUCAUUCUAUCAAAAGUAGGUUUCCUAAUAUCACUAGCUUGCGUGAUUUUUUUGUGGCCAAGUAUGAAGAAAACUCUCCCAGUUUCAAGCUUGCUCAGAGAAAUUUUGUUGAAAGCAUGGCCGGAUAUUCCAUAUUGUGCUACCUUCUACAGGUGAAGGAUCGGCACAAUGGAAAUCUCUUGAUGGAUGAAGAAGGCCAUAUUAUACAUAUUGAUUUUGGGUUUAUGCUUUCCAAUUCACCAGGGGGUGUAAAUUUUGAGAGUGCACCAUUUAAGUUAACUAGAGAACUUCUUGAGGUCAUGGAUUCUGAUGCUGAAGGGGUUCCAAGCGAGUUCUUUGACUAUUUUAAAGUAUUAUGCAUACAAGGUUUCCUAACAUGUCGUAAGCAUGCAGAACGCAUCAUACUUCUGGUUGAAAUGUUGCAGGAUUCUGGUUUUCCAUGCUUUAAAGGUGGUCCUCGGACAAUACAGAACCUUAGAAAAAGAUUUCAUUUGAGUUUAACUGAAGAGCAAUGCGUGUCAUUGGUGCUUUCCCUGAUAAGUAGCAGCUUAGAUGCAUGGCGGACACGUCAGUACGAUUAUUAUCAGCGGGUCUUAAAUGGGAUAUUGUGAGGUUACAACUGAUUCUUGAUUCCUUGGCAUGAGGCUCUUGUUGAGGUGGGUGGGUCCAGUGAAAGAUCUAUUGCAAACAAAAGAGAAAUUGCCUACAUUAUACGGCUGGCAAACUUGAGCAGUUGGUGCACUGUUUCUGAGCUGUCUUCAAAGUUUUUGGUUGAAGUUGAUUGUACGAGUUUGUGGUAUAUUCAUUCUUGGAUUGAGAAAAGUUAAAUUGUAUCGGCAGAUGCUAGGAAGCUACCCAGCUGAAGUUUAUAGCAGGGUUGUCUUUCUUAUUUUGUUGGGUGUAAAGUCAAGAUGGUUGUGUUGGCUUCUGAGACUUGAAGAGACAUGCAAACCUACUACUCACCUUUGUUUGCCGACUGUACAGAAGGUGAUACGGUGGAUUUCGUGGACCCCCAGAAAACAAUUGACUUCAAGAUAUGAAGUUUAAUCCAUGGUGCCGCUUGAGCAUCUCAGGCACAAGAGAAAUUUGUUGUUCAUGUGUUAACAAGAUUGUAUUGCAAAUUGAGUUAAAAGCUGGUGGAAGGAUCAGAAAUAGUGGUCCUUGCAAUGUUUGUACAUCUUGCCCCUUCGAAGUGGAUUGAUUCUGUCGCUGAACCUGAACGUGGAGAUUCUCUACAGAUUGGAGAAGUCAGCUGCUGUUGCUUCCAAUCGAGGCUUAUCAAUGGCAUAUACCUAGGCAUAAUACUUAGUGUCCAUAGGAAUUUGUUUAUGUUGAAUUGAAACGCUUGAAUGUGGGCCUUAGGUGCAUGGUGUAUAAUAUUUUUUGGUCUUCUAUUGAUCUCUGUUUCUUGUAAAAUGCAAUUUGUUGAUUGUCUAUUCAUCAUAUACGAGUGCUAAUAUAAAAGAUUGGUGGGAUUGCGUUCCACUAUCA